AUGGAGAAGGAGAAAUGUAAGUGCUUUUAUUUUUAGGGUGUGAUAUUAGGUCCUAUCUUUCCAUUUUUGGCCAUUUUAUUUCACAAAUGCAUUUGCAAAUGUGCACCUUCUUCUUUUAAUAUAGAGGAACAGUUGACUCAUAACUAAUAAUGGGUCAAGUCUCCCGCUGAUGCGCGAAUUUUUCCCGAAUUGCGAGAAAUUCUCGAGAAAAUAAAAAUUUAUGCGUUCGGCGCAAAAUUAUAUUAUUCAGGGCGACCCUCCACACAUCUCCAAGCCCCGUUCGAACGGUUUCUCGGACCAUGACCUCCUUUUCCAGCCGUUUCCACCCCAAAAAUCUCUUCUCGCGGCCUUUUUCUGGUCCCCUCAAGGUUUUCAUUGUUCCCGCGCUGCCUCGGACACUAAUUUCCGUGGCCCUGAAUGUGUUUACUUCCGAGAUUAUAACACCAAACGAGCUAAUUUCACGAAAUUCGAGAUGAUUUCGUUGCACGGCAUUCUGUACUUUUGGGACACAACCGAUCUCCGCGACUUUUUCUAUUUUUUUCGCAGUGUGCGUUGUUUCAAACACGAAACGCCAUUUUUUAUUUUUACGGCGUUGUUUAUACAAAUAUAUUGCUUGCGGGUGUUUUGGCGGGUUGAGUCAGAGCAUUUUAUUGUUUUCGAAGUCGGAAAAGAACAUUUUUAGUCGUCUUUAGUGGCUAUUUUGCGUUAUUUUUCUUUCUUUCCUCUAGUAUAAGGUGCAGUUCCGGAAGUGGGCGGUAAUUUUAAGCUGCUGAUCCGGAAUUUUUGCUGAUUGUAGCUAAUGCAAUCACAGAGAUUUACUGUAAUUUUUGUUACUUUUUUGAGGUAUUUCCUGUUGUUGUAAUCCAUUGUUUAUAGUUUUUGUUGCGGGUGGAAGAAAUUGUUUCUUCUGGAUGCAUGUCGGAGAACUCUGCCCGAAAUGAGUUUGUAAUUAGAAUGAAUCACCAAAAUUUCGUUUUGUCAGUUUCCAAUUAGACUUUAGUUUCAAAUUUUAUAUUGCACUAGACGAAUAGGAAAAUUAUCGAAAUUUUAGGUGUGAAUUGUCUGAAUCUUUCAUGUUUCUUGUUUAUUAUCUCGAAUUUGCCUUAGUAAACCUUAGUCUUCUGAUUUCGAGACCUAAUUAUCACUUUCGAAUAUUAAUUUACCUUGCUUUAGUGGUCCACAAAAACGAUCAGCUGAACGAGUUGCUAGCCAUGGGUUGGCUAGACCAUCUCGCUCCAGUGGUCACUAGUGGCAUUUUGAUGGUGGCUUGUUGGUCCAUUGGUCAUUACGGCUUCUCAAUUAUUUGGAUUGGAAUUUUGACACUGUUGUACUUCAUCAAGACAAGGAUGUGGGUUACGAGGCAAGAAGCUCGACUGAAUAUGAGGAAACAGAUUCUGCGUGAACGAGGGCUAAUUGGAGUUGGUAACAAGAGUGAUGAAUUGCCAAGUUGGAUAAGGUUUCCCGAUACAGAGCGAAUUGAAUGGGUCAAUCAGGUUAGAUUUUGGCGUUUUUAUUGUAAUUUUAGGCACAAAGCAAAGAUUGUGUUUAAUAAGUUGUGAUAGACCCUCCUGAAGCUAAUGAGCUUUUGGUUUUAGGUGUUGAAGCAACUGUGGCCCUUUAUUUCCCAGUAUUCUGCUCAAUUCAUGCGAGAAUUCAUCGAACCUCAAGUUCUUGAGCAAAUGCCCUCUCCAUUCAAAUCUUUCAAGUUCUUGGACAUCGAUAUGGGUGAUAUGCCCUUCCGAGUUAGUGGGCUGAAGGUAUACACGCAUAAUGUUGGAAGGGAUCGGAUUAUUGUUGAUCUGGAUGUGGCUUAUGCCGGAGAUGCCGAGUUCAAGGUGAAGACCUGCGGAUUUACUGGUGGAAUGAAUGAACUUGUGGUGAGUGAGAUUUUUUUCUUCUUCUUGCAUUUUUAGGCGGAACGUGAAGGUUUUUUUACAUCGUUUCUUAUAUUAUUUAUGUUGUUUUAGCUCUCCGGAAAAGUCAGAUGUGUUCUUUGCCCAUUAUUGCCUCAACCACCGAUGAUUGGUGGAUUCUCAGCCUCAUUUGUCGAACUUCCCAAGUUUGACUUUAAUUUGACCGGAAUGGGCGACUUUCUUCAACUUCCCCUUCUGAUGGAUGCCAUCAGAUCAAUUAUCAAUGCUCAGAUGGCUAAUUUGUGUGUCUUGCCCAAUUCAAUUGUUAUUCCAUUGGUUCCAAAUGUUGAUGUGAAUAAGCUGAACGUACCAAUUCCAGAUGUAAGUGUGAUUUUUGAUUGUUUUUUUAUUGUUUUAGGGAGUUCUUCGGAUCAAAAUUGUUGAGGCGCGGAAUUUGGAGAACAAAGAUGUUUCAUUCCUCACCAAGGACAAGAGUGAUCCCUACUGCGAAGUUCAAUGUAAGCCGAGCAAAAAUUUUGUGACUUUUUUAUCUUUGAUACCUAGAUUAUGUUGCACUUGAUUUUAACUUCCAUGUUUUUAGUGGGAUCUCAGCUUUUCAAGACCGAAACGAUCAAUAAUGAUUUGAAUCCCGUCUUCAAUGAAUAUUUUGAAGCCAUUGUGGAUCAAGCAUCAGUUCAGAAAUUGAGAUUGAACAUGUUCGAUGAGGAUACAACGAGACAAGAUGAAGAACUUGGUCGACUUUCAAUCCCAUUGUCUUAUGUUAGAAAGCAGAAGUUGGUCUCAAAAGUAAGCAAAUUCUCAUUUGUUUUUAUGCCUUUAGUGGUUCCAUCUCGAAGCCUGCAAACAUGGCGAACUUUACGUCAAACUUUUUUGGUGCGACCUGAGUUCGGAGAAUAAAGGAUCGAUCCCAAAUGAUAGCGAAUGGCUCUCAACGAACAAGACUGUCCACACUUUAUUGCUGAUGGCAUUCGUCGACAAUGUGAGGGAACUUCCGUAUCCAAAAGCCAACCUGGAGCCGUCUCCGGUCCUGGACUUUACCAUUGGAAAUACGACUCAAAGAACCCCCGUGAAAGUGAAAACAGUCAACCCGAUUUACCAGUUCAAGUGCUAUUUCUUUGUCCAGAACGCUGAAUAUAAAGAGUUGACUGUGAAGGUAUGUUUUUUAGAGAAAAGAGACUUGAUUUAUAUUGUGCUUGAUGAUAUUGAAAACUUUUAGGCCAUCGAUUCCACAACGACUAAACCACUUGGAGAAUUGAGCAUUUCCCUUGGCUAUCUGAUGGAACAGCCAGAAAUGGAAGUGUUUGAUAAAGUGUUCCAACUCAGGCAUGGAGUCAGCGUCAGUCAUAUUACACUGACUUUGAGGGCAAGGGUAAGACAUUUUUGAGUUCUUUUUUUGACUUUAGGCCCUGUAUGGAAGAUGAAGUCUAAUAGCUGCGGUUUUAGCAUAUUGUCCCCUCUCAUGGUGACUCGGCCAGCCUCUCAGGCACCUCUGACGACAUUUCUCAAUAUGCGAAUGCCUCUCACAUCGAAAGAGCAUAUGAUUUGAAACAAGAAAACAAUAAUAUCCAUGUCAACUCCAAUGGGGUCCACAAAGACCAAAAGGAUGAUGUCAUGGCCCCAGAACCGGGAAAGAUCCCAGAAGUGAAUGAGAAGCUACAUCCUGAAUCGAAAAAUCAAUUGAAUACGGGGAGAUAUCAGACGUUGGACCGAAAAGCAAGCUUUGGGUCGCAAUCCAGCUAUCAGAAGGGAGAUAAUAAAUUGAAUAGACUGUUGAAACCGAAGUUCCGAAAGUAAGUUUAUGUUGAUGUAGUUGGUGAUGGGUAGUAAUGGAAUUUUGUGAACGAUUAAAGGGAUGGAAUUAAUUUGGGGGACCGUUUAUGGCAUUUGAAGUUUUUGGGGAACUUUUUGAGCCAGAAAUUGAGGAAUUCUAUAUCGUUUUAGGUGAUUUUAGGUAUAAUUUUUUUUGAUAAAAUUGUUUUGAUUCAUUGAUUUAGUAAAAGUAGAAGUCCCAGUAUCGCAAGAAUCCUAAGACCAGUCAGUAAAAGGCAUCAGUUGUAAGUAGUGGCGAGAAAAAUAUUAACAAAGGGAUUUGUGAGGCUCGAAAAAUAUAAAUUGAUUUGUCUUAUUAAUAACAACCCCGAUUGAAAUAAUUUUUGAAGUGAUUUUGAUAUGUUAUAACCCUGAUCUUUUUUUAAUUUUGAUGAAUUAUUUGUUGUUUUUAGAGGCCAACGAGACAGCUCCAAACCAGUCGGAAGGCUCCAAGUGAACCUAAAAUAUGACGAACCUGGCCAUAAAUUGCUGGUUGAUGUAAUCACGUUAGAGUAAGUUGAACGCAAUGGAAUCUGAACGCGUAUUUUACCUAACUUCGAAAAAAAAUUAUGAUUUUUUCCCACAGAAAUUAAUUUAUAUGGUUUUAGUGAGCUGGUCCCCCUGGCUUCGGAUGGGUCUGUCUCCCCAUACGUUCAAGUCAAAUUGAUACCUCAUAGAUCCAACCAUGCACGAGCAAAGAAACGAACUAACACGGUAGUGAAUAGUGGGCCGAAAUUGGCCUUCAACACCGAGCUGGAUUUCGAGAUUGAUUCGAAUGACAUAGCUCAAUAUAAGAUGAAAUUUUCGGUCAAAGACUCAUUGAACUAUGGAGUCUUGUCCAGGACACCGACUUUGGGAGAGGUAAGGAAUAUCUUUGAUGCUUUUGGAAAUUUUGAAAUUGCAUUUUUCACAAUAUUUUUGAUGUUUUGAAUGAGUUGAUCUCAAAAAAUUUUUAUUUUUCAGUCUGAACUUCCCUUGACCAAUUUCCACCCAUCGAAGCCAAUCCUAGGCCAUUGGUUGAACCUAGAAGCCCCGAGGGAAUAG